GUCAUCCCUUGUUGAUAUGUUUACUUCCGUUUUUUUAAUAUUUGUUCAAAAUUUAAUGUUUAAAUGCAACAGGUGAUCAAUACUGAGAUGUGACAUUAAAACAAAUUAACGAUGGACGAACACAGAGAGAAUGUCAUCAGUAAGCAGCCAGUAAGUGUUCAGCUUGGUGCCGAUAAUUUACCAGAAGGUCUGACAGAGUUAGCCAACCUGAACACUUUGCAUGUGCAGCAGCGCCUUGAUGUUGUUGAAGUAAUUCUGGGAUGGGAGCGGAACAACCGAUACCGAAUCACUAAGAGUGAAGAUGAGCAGGUCUUAUAUGCAUUUGAAGCAUCUGACUGUGGAGCGAGACAGUGCCUAGGGUCGUUGCGUGCCUUCACUAUUAAAGUUUGUGACAACAGUCAGCAGGAGAUCAUGACGCUACAUCGGCCACUACGUUGCUCCAGUCGCUGUUUCUGGUGGUGCUGCAAUCUUCAAAUAAUGGAGAUACAUUCACCUCCCGGCACACCGGUGGCCUCUGUGAGGGAGAUCUGGAGUUGUUAUCUUCCAUUGUAUGAGGUGCUAGGUGUUGAUGGGUCUGUGAUGUAUUCUCUGCAUGGUGGCUGUUGUCACUGCAGGUGCUGUUGCAAUGUUGUCUUUCAUGUACUCGGUAGUAAAGUUGGUGACAGUGAAGUUGCAACAAUAACAAAACAUUGGGGAGGCUGCAAGGAGCUGAUUGGGGCUGUGAAUAACUACACAGUAGAGUACACAGAACAGCUGGAUGUAGUGAACAAGAUGAUUAUUUUAGGAGCAACGUUUCUCAUCGAUUUCAACUACUUUGAAAAACAUGGACGAUGUUGCUGAUAGAAAAUGUAAUAAGUAAUUUUAUUUUAUUUAUUAACAAAUUAUUAUUUUAAUUUUUUUUUAACAAAGAAUUGUCUCAGGACAUCAGUAUAAAUCACACGGGAUCUGGGCAUUUAUACGACUAAUAUUGAAAACACCAACACAAUUCAACAGCAUUCAGUCUUCUGCAACAGCAAUAUUCCUUGAGAAGAUUUUAGAAAUAUCUUGUGAUUUUCAAUCUCAGAAUAAAAUAUGAAUUGCAGUCACAGACUCCAUACCCAAUGUUUUUUAUUUUAUUUUAUGAUCACCAAUUCAUCAUGGACUACAUCAAGUGCAAAUUUUUUUUUUUAAUGUAUUUUUACUGUGCAUGUGCUUUUCAACAUUUUUGUAUUGUAUAUCAAAUAUAUUUCAUGUCCAUUUUAUUUAAAUGUAAAUCAUUUUUUGUAAUGAAUUCUUUGAUUGUUUUACAUUUUUAAAAAAUUAAAAUUUAUUUC